AUGAGGAAGCGAGAAAUGGUGCAACUGGCCAAGAUUCUGGCAGAGCUACAGUUUUGUGCUGGCUGUGUUCCACCCUGUGAAGCCGUGGAUUGCCCUCAAGCAGAUCUAGUCCUCGCUGUUGGAUCCUGUUCCCCUCGUGACGCCGUGGAACGUACCCACUGGUUGCCCGAGUUCCAUCGCCACAUCUCCAGUCGAUCUUCAUCAUUCCCCGUCAUCCGGCUGGCAGUCGGCCCUUCCACACCAGUCCUUCGCUACACCUUUUCUUUAACUGAUAAACGACCUUCACUCACCAAGAGAGAUGAAGGACUUGAGAUACAAUGUGGUGAAACUAAAGUGAAAAUAACAGUAAAGCGAAAGUUUUUCAAAGAGAGACACGUUCCGUUUAAAGCGGAGUUUCUUGGACUUGGAGUGAACUCGGCGCAGAAAAGCUUCUGCGGAUCAGAGAGGAAAGUUUCUGAAACGGAGAUGGUUAUUUCAGCAGACUGUGGGACUGAGUCCAGGGUUCAAGGUGAGUGGCUCGUCUACUCCAACAAGCUGUUGGUGUUUCCUACUGUGCUUGUGACCUCUAAAGGAAGUGUGAUAGUUCGAGGGCAAACCAUUGUCAUACCUAUAGAAUGCCAUUAUAAAAGGAAGCAGAGAGUCCAUGGAGAACCAAUAGCACCAACUUGGGUUCCAGUGACUUCUGCCAUUGGUUCUUUCGGUCUUCUACGUUUCUCCCUUUCCAUUAUGACAGAAAGCUGCACCUCUCAUCGCAGUUCCUCAGUUUACCAGCAGGGGGAAGCAGGGUUUUUGGAGGCCCGUGUAGAGGCGCCGCUGCAUCCUUCCCUCACUCUUUAUGUUGACUCCUGUGUUGCUACACUGAAGCCAGACCUUCUCUCACGGCCGAGAUACAAGUUUAUCUCCAACCAUGGAUGCAUGAUGGACAGUUUACCGCCAGAUUCGUCCUCCAGAUUCCUGCCUCGGGAUCAAGCUAACAGACUUUGCUUCAGCUUCAAAAUGUUUAAUUUCAACCAAACAUCUCCAGAGCAGAUGUUCAUAAGCUGCCAUCUUAGAGCCACUUUGAAACAAAAGUCUCCAAGCCGUCAUAAUAAAGCCUGUUUCUUCCACAAACCCAAAUUCAGAUGGCGGUCCAUAGAGGGAGACAGCGCUCUGUGUGAAUGCUGCAACACUGACUGCUCAGGACUGGCUGGAGUGAAGAACCACGGCCAUCCAGAGACAGGUUACUGAACGCUUCAUAAAAUAAUACACCAAAAACUUUAUGAUUAAUGCAAUAGAGCAGUUCCAUUUCAACCAGCUGGUUCUGUUGAUUUCUUGACAGAUGAGAAGUUUGAGGCCUACAGGACAGCUGGACCUCUUCGUGUUGUGCAUCAAGCCUACUGGACCGGAGAGCUUUCAGUCAGUUGAAAAAACUACUCCAGAUCCAGAGUUUGGUUGGUUUUGGUAAGACUUUAUUCUUUCUUCUGAAGUCUUCAAGUGGACGG